AUGCCAGUCACUAUCGACUCCAAGACGUACCCGGACAUCAUCGACUGCAUCAUCCGCCAUGCCUGUGUCCCGGUGUUGCUAGCCAUGAGCGCAACAUCCAAGGAGUUCAACGAGCGCAUCAUACGUGGUGGUCGCUUCACCCGCCACGCCCUCGUUGGCGAGACUAUCACGACAGUCGAGACCAGCGCGGUUGAGACGGUGGCGACGCGCCGGCUGGCCCUAGCAGACCGUUACUCGCGUGAACUGUUGCCCUUCGUGCCCAGGGCCAUCGAGAUCCUCGACCUGGCGGGAAGCGAAGAGUUUCUCACUCGCACUCGGUGCGCACUGUUCAGGAACGUCAAGAUCAUACGGCGGAAGCGCGGCGCGUGGUCUAGGAAGUGUAUCGACGACUUUCCUCAACUCGACACUCUGGUCGAUUUCAUCGAUCUAUGCAACCUGACAGACAGGCACUACCCUGUCAUCCAUGUUCCUACAACACACCAGCCUGGUGUCUUUGUGACCAACAUCCAGUAUUCCCCCGACGUCGUCAUGCGAGACGGCCUGACGUUCGAGGGCAAUACAGACGGCGGAAUCUACGCUAUCGAGCUCGAUCCUACCAUCGGCCGGGCGGGCCAGCCUUAUGAUAUCCUCUACCCCUUGCUAUCUUCAAUCCUAGCGAAAUGGCAGGGGAAGACAGCGCUGUCGAUCAUCAUCUCUGGCAUGUUAAAGGUCGCUAAAGACAACCGGGAGCUAGGCGUCCACCACCUCGUCGACAACUUGAGGGCGUACGUUGAAGUCCGUACCCUCCACAGCGGGACGCCGGUGGAAAAAUCUCCGCUGUGGUGGAGGCAUCCCGCCCUCGUCAGCAAGGUAACGCGUUCCAUUCGCUUUGUGACGAGUUUCUAUUGGUGUCUCGAGUUGGGAGACAGGGCACAUGUGCACUGUCUAUGGCACUAG